AUUUUAAUUCAGGUUGUUACUUACCGAUAUUUCUUAUUUUUAACAGUCAAUAAUGUAUAAUGGAAAUUUAAAAUUAGUGUACAAUGGUAUGACAUUUUAAUUGACACCAAAAGUGCAGCCCUAUCUCGAAUAUCAUGGAAAACUUUGUCUUAUAUGAGGAAAUUGGAAGAGAAACGAGUUCCAUCGUUUACAAAGGACGCCGAAGAGGAACAAUCAAUUUUCUUGCAAUUCAAUGCAUAGAAAAAGACCGAAGAGCUGCGAUAACAAAUUGGGUACGUCUAACUCACGAGUUUAAUCAUCAGAACAUUGUUCAGUUCCAUGAGUGGUAUGAAACAAGCAACCAUUUGUGGAUGGUCACUGAACUGUGCACUGGAGGAACUUUAGAUGAAUGUCUGAGGCAAGAUAGCUGCUUACCUGGUGUAAUUGUAUGUCAGUUUGGAAAAGAUAUCAUCAGGGGACUUAACUAUCUUCAUGAACAUUCUGUAGUCUUUGCAGACCUGUGUCCAAAAAAUGUUUUGCUUGAUGGCCCAGGUGUGUUAAAACUGACUAAUUUUUGCCUCAGUCGACUUGUGGAUGAGGAUUUGAAUGAGGUAUAUUUACAAGCGGCUAACAAAAUGGAAGAUUCCGAUAGUAUGUCUAUCGUUAACGAUAAUUUACUUGGAGAACUGCAUUACCGUUCUCCAGAAAUUUUAAAGGGGGGAAAUCCUACUACAAACAGUGAUAUAUGGGCAUUUGGUGUCCUGUUGUAUCGUAUGUACAGCGGUACUGUUCCUUUUUCUGGCAAGGAUGAUAACUUUAUAAGCCAGGUCUUGCAAAAUGAUUUCUUAGAUCCUCAACAAAAAAGGAACAAACUUCAUUACCAAAAUACCCAUGUAUUAUCAGAUGGUCAGAUUUCCGAAGACUUUCAACACCUCUUGUCGAAAACACUUGAAAAAGAUCUAAAUGUGAGGUUCAACUCAAAGCAAGCCUUAAACCACAAGUUAUGGAAUGUUAUCGAAGAAACAGACAUAACUAUGGAUGAAUCUGGUGCCGAUGGUUUUAAUGUGGCUGAAGAUUCAUUGCGUGACACCGUUUCUUCUUUAUCUUUCGCUCCAGAAAGUGUAAAUGUACUAGACAGCACGUUUACAUUAAGUUCUAGACCUCGAACAGCGAACCAUCGUGAAAAUGAGAAGGUGGUGAAAAACAGCACGGCUAAAUCUGUGCCUAUUAAUAAUUCCAGCAUCCAAGUUCAGUCUAUUGAUAAAACAAUGACAUUCUCGCAAACUUUGGAUAUUGAACGCGACUCGCUCAGCAUUUGCGAGCCAGAAAUACAGCAAGAAAGUGAUAUCACUUUUGAAGAUAUUCAGAAUGUUAUCUACUGUGAUACUGAGCCAAAGGAAUGUAUUAUACAAGACAACACACAGAUUAAGAAGACUGAGCAACUGAGAUGGGAUGCUAAGACAAUUCCAUUCAAGCUUCUAAGUCAAGUUCAUAACACAACACCAGAUGAGCUGUACUCGCACUUGAAACUGAUAGUAGACCUGUUUACACAGCAAUCUGCUAGUAAUAAUUCACAGAGCAGGUUAAAAGCAAAUGUUCUAAGCUAUUUAUCUCAUUUGUGUGUUGCAAGUCCAGAAGUUUCAAAUUUUGUUGUAAACUCGAACUUACUGCUUCUGAUGGUUAAUUUGUGUAAAAAUUCAAUGCAGCAAUUUCCAGACAUGGCGUUCAAAGCAAUUAGAACCAUUGGUCUUGCUGCACGAUCAGCAACCGAACUCCAGCAAUGUACACAAGUCACUGAAGUCUUCAAUGUCUUAAGUGAAAUUUUAAGAGAGGGAUUUAAACACGAUCGCAUCAAGUUUUCAAUAGUUCCAGCAUUAGGUCAGCUGCUCUGUUUGGUAGCCACACACGAAGACAGCUUGCUUGUAACAACUGAUGGCAGAGCAACUUCUUCAGAAUCCCAUGGUCAACGUAAGGGCAACUGGUAUAUCCCAGGUGCGACUUAUACACUCAUAACUCGUUGUUUGCACGAAGGUGAAGAUAGUGCUUUGCAACAUUAUGCUUGUAAAAUCAUUGAAUGUGUCGCUUGUGUCUCGGAUCAACACGGAAGGAAGUUUAUCUCCAUAUCUCCCCAGAGCUCUGGUGGUUCUUCCCAUAGCCGGGAUGUAAUAGGUCCUCUUCUUUGGAGUACCUCAGAUAAAGCAAAGUCAGAGGGAAUACGAAGUACAUCACUUAUGGCUCUUUGUUCCCUCAAUCGUAUAUCUGGUUCUGGUUCUAUAUUUCAAGCUGUACUUGAGAGGGCUGGUGUGCAGUCUGUCUUGAUUUUUCUGAAUCGUUCGUCGUACAAGUGCCAGCAAGCUAUCCUCACUUCAUUCAAUGAAACUUUAAAUUCUGGACAAAAGGGCCACAGUGUUAGACUAGCUAAUGCAAAGGAUAUUCUGCCUUCCAUUAUGAAACUCCUGGACAGUCCGUCAAAUCUUGUUCGUGCCAAAGUCAACUUGUCCCUCCUGCUACUUCUUCGAUUAAAUCCCAAACUGUUAAUGACGGCAUGCCAACAUCGACUGAUAAUGCAUAUUGAAAGAGACUGCAGAAAAAUAUCGCCCUCUCAUUUUGCUCGGCCACUACAUGUACAGCAUGUGUCCGAAGAAGACAAAUACAUCCACUCGACUCUGUGUUUGCUGAUUCGAUACAUGAUACUGCAGUCUAAAGAAGUCACAACAUCCUCUAUUGAUGCACUGAACGAAGCAAUGGAAAGAAAACACCCGUCUUCCAAACAAGUGAAGCAACUACGCAUUAGUUUACCAUGUUGUAUGGUUCUUCAAAACCUAAUCACAAGUCAUGUUUUUCGAAUGCAAAUGGUUACAGAGAACUUUAUCGAAAAUGUUGGAAAAUUGUUAGACCACGCUGUCAAGUUCGUAAAGAAAGCACCAGCGUCUUCUGCGGGGAUCGUGACUGCAAUAGGAGAUGACACAGCACAAAAGUUUAUCGACACAAUACUAUCUAUUAUUGAAGUUCUCUCCCAGCACCCACCAGAUCUUGCCAAUAAUGAAGAAGCUUCCAUGAAAUGUUUGGUGCCGAGAUUGGUCAUUCUCUGCACAGUGUCCGACAGCAAUGAGAGACAAGCAGGGUGUGUGAAGUUGUUGACGGAUGUCCUUGAUACCCUCCUUCACUUCCGUGCCAUCAGCACUGAUGCUUCCACUGUAACCUUAACCAAUGAAAGAAACUCCAUCAAAACCCCAGCCAGUCGUUUGUCAUCCCGAGCCACUGUACGACAUGAGAUGCCAGAUGAAUUCGGAAUCCGUGAGUGUGUGAUUGUCAAUAUUAUACCAGAGUUUCAGUCCAUUCUUCUGCGUCAGAUGCCGUUACCGGCUUAUGGUGUUAGGCUAUUGUCUAUUUUGUUAGAGCACUGGCCAAGCAUAUCUACUUCCCUCUGUUAUUAUGGUGUGAUACCGAUACUGUUUAAGUUGCUGGAUGAACAUAAAUCUUCUCCACUGAGUUCAAGCUAUCAAGGAAUCAUUACUAUUUUUAUCUAUCUUAUACAGUACAGGAAUGUUGAUGUAGUAAAUGCCUUGUACAAUAAUGGAUUAGUGGAAACAGUCAACACAUGUCUGCUUGAGAAUUUUUCCUUUUACAAGCAAGUGCGGAAAAAUCCGGAUGAUGAUGGUGCAGUGGACUGUCUCAGCCACAAUCUUUCUCUUCUAAAGUAUAUGCUGGAUAGAGUGACCACUGCUGUUAAAGAAGCAUUGCUUGCCAAGGAGGAUUCCAACUCAGCACGACCAAACACAACAGAAGGAGCAGAACGGUUACUUGUUCUUCAUAAACCAUUGACUGACCUACACACAGUAUGUAUCAGCUUGCUUUGCGAGGAAAAAGAACUUUCCGAUUCUGCUCUUGCUUGUCUUUCUUUGCUUGUCCAGUUGUAUGGAGGUGACCAUCCAGAUACAAUGUUAACAGAAAAUAUGAACUCACUCGCAGCUGCUUUGACAGUUGCAAAUCAAAAAAAUCAACGCAUUUUGCUGAAACUGAUUAGACGAAUAGCAACACUCAACGUACAUCAUGCGCAUCGUCUGGCUUCAGAAGACGGGCAGUUGCUUAUAGAAAAUGUUCGAAACACACUUUAUGCAGCGGAACAAUGUGCAGACUCUUCUUUAGCACAUCUGGCAAAUGAAAUACUUGUCAGCAUAAAGGAUAAGCGUAAAGAAUAAUCGUCAUAUUUUCUAUAUAUUAUGCAUACACAGUAAUUGGCAUAAAAAUUAUGCUAUCUUUUACUGUAUAUUCUGUACCAUACCUAAUUUUCUAUAGUGUAGCUUGCCUUUUUAUAAAUACAGCUAUGUAGCAAAUGUUCCAUGUUUUAUCAUACAGCAAUACAUGCUGUGCCAAAACAUACAUUUUUUUAAAUAAAAUACCAAAGUUGUUAAACAAUGAUGAACCAACAUUUCUUCAGUGUAAAAGUUUUCUAAAUUACUUGGUGUGUAUGUAUAUAUAUUUUAUUUUUGAUUGUCUUUUUCUUGCUAUGUAGGUGUAUAUAUAUAUUGUGCAUGUUAGGCAUUUUAGUUAUCGUGUGUUUUUGCAAGGUUUCGUUAAAUUUUAUGUUUAAAAUAUUGUGUGAGAAUUAUAUGAGUAACAUUUGUUUUUUAAAAAACAAUUCUAAAUUUUGUAUUUAUAUACAAUGUAAACCGAUAAUACUAUGAACCAGUACCGUGAAUUUGAUGUAUUUUGUGUAUCAGUACUAUAAUGCUAUUUUCGUUUUUUUUACACAUUUAUGUCAAUAACUAAUAUUGUGUAGCCUUAACCUUGGCAACCAAAUAUUUAUUGUUAGCUAUAAUUAUAUAAUUUACUAUUAGUCUAUUACUAGUAUGCAUAACAAACUGUUUAGUUAAUGCCAUGCCUUAUUCAUAUACAUACUUUGGUGUUGUUUAUUUGAUAGCAAUUUGGUUUUGUAAACAAUUCAUAUAAUGACAAUUUAAAUACUGUGAGUAAUUUUUAGAGUUAUUACGCUGUUUUUUAUAUUUUUAG